AGAGGGGGGUAAAAGAAAUGUUUCGCUGAACGUUUUCCCAGUUUUCCGUGGCGGGAUGUAAGCAGCCAUCUUGCAUUUUGUGCAAUGAGAAGCCGGUCGGCAACAAAUUAGAUUAAGUUUGUGACUACACGGCUUUUUAUCACAGUGAAUUUUAUUUAAUUAAGAAUAAACAAAUUCUUCAUGUUUUCAACAAACCCAGGAUUUUGGCACGGAAUGUUCUAGGUAUGAAGUGAUCGUAGGCAGAAUUGGAUGUAGUCUGGCACCCAUAGUGGUAUGGCGGAAGCAAUGGCGUUUAAUAAUACCAAGGGUUGUGCCAAAAUUUGGUAGUAACCUGUACAGACUUGUUGCGAUUAUUGAUAUAAGCGUUACUUGGGAACCACGCGGCAAGACCUCGGCCAGUUUGGUCUCCGACGAUGGCAUUACCAAGCCGGGCACGCGUGUAUGCUGAUGUCAAUUCUCACAAGCAGAGAGAGUAUUGGGACUACGAGUCCUACGUGGUUGACUGGGGGAACCAAGAUGAUUAUCAGCUUGUGAGGAAACUUGGCCGAGGGAAGUACAGUGAAGUUUUCGAAGCCAUCAACAUCACCAACAAUGAGAAAUGUGUAGUCAAAAUACUGAAGCCUGUGAAAAAGAAAAAAAUUAAGCGUGAAAUUAAAAUUCUGGAGAAUUUACGAGGCGGCACGAACAUCAUCACGCUUCAAGCUGUCGUCAAAGACCCAGUGUCGAGAACACCGGCGCUGAUAUUUGAACAUGUGAAUAACACGGACUUCAAACAAUUGUACCAAACGUUAACAGACUAUGACAUCCGUUACUACCUGUAUGAGUUACUCAAGGCGCUCGACUACUGUCACAGCAUGGGCAUCAUGCACCGAGACGUGAAGCCACACAACGUGAUGAUCGACCACGAGAACAGGAAGCUGCGCCUGAUCGACUGGGGGCUGGCCGAGUUCUACCACCCCGGACAGGAGUACAACGUGCGGGUCGCGUCGCGCUACUUCAAGGGCCCUGAGCUGCUCGUUGAUUACCAGAUGUAUGAUUACUCAUUAGACAUGUGGUCUUUAGGAUGCAUGCUUGCCAGCAUGAUAUUCAGAAAAGAGCCCUUCUUUCAUGGCCACGACAACUACGAUCAGCUUGUUCGCAUCGCUAAAGUGCUGGGCACAGAGGAGUUGUUUAUCUACUUGGAGAAGUACCACAUAGAACUGGAUCCUAGGUUUCAUGACAUUCUUGGGAGACAUUCGAAGAAGAGAUGGGAGCGGUUCGUGCACAGCGAGAACCAGCACCUGGUGUCCCCGGAGGCGCUGGACUUCCUCGACAAGCUGCUGCAGUACGACCACUACGACCGCCUCACCGCCAGGGAGGCCAUGGAGCACCCGUACUUCUACCCGAUAGUGAAAGACCAAGGUCGCCUGAACAUGGUCUCCAAUUCACCUACUCCCAUAGCAGGCUCUGGGCCUGUAGGUGGACCGGCCCACACUGGUAACUCGGUGGUGAGCGGGCUUGUGCCGAGCUCACCCAUAAUCUCACCUGGCGCUGUGCCCCUUGCAGGGCCCCUGCAGCCCUAGAGAUGCUGGAGACACCCACACAACAGCAGCAGUCAACAUUCUCAUCCUGGCGCAGAACUCUAGGCAACUGCCGUUAACGUCUCUUUCGUCUUUGUGUUGUUGAGUUACUUUCCCAGUUUGUGGUGUGAUGAGGCACCGCCAGUGCAGACUGGGCCGUUGCAAGAGCGAGCGGAUGAACAGCGUGAAAAAAAAAAAAAUUCUCAACAUAUUGUGACCCAGGUGUUCCGACUCCAGUGCGGUUUUUCUAAUAUUAUUCUCUCUUCGCUAAUGUAGUUUAUUUUUUGUUUAUCAUUAAAGAGCAAACUUAAAAAAAAAAAAAA